AUGAGCUCUCCGCGGGUUGCUGUUGAAGGACCCGCUGUCAAUGUGGAUUCUACUACUAUCGAUUGCAUAUCUCCCGAUAGUGACUUCUAUGUCUUGAUCCAGCAGCUCAAGCUGUUGUUGGGCAAAGACAAGGGCCUUGCUUCUGAAGAUAUCGACAUCAAUGAAGUGAGAAGGAUCAUGGAAAACUAUACUUCCAACGAUAUGGACUGGUUAAAAAUGGCAUUGCACGAUGUGUCCAGAAACUACUCCAGAAAUGGAAUUAUCAACAUCAACAACAAUGCCAACUUGCUCAUAUUGGUGUGGUCUCCAGGAAAGUCUAGCGCUAUCCAUGACCACGCCAAAGCUCACUGCUGUAUGAAGAUCUUGUCUGGCGAAUUGGUUGAGUCUCUCUAUGAAUUUCCACAAGAUGAAGGUAGCCAUAUGAAGUGUGUCAAACAGACAACCAUGCACAGAGAUGAAGUAGGUUACAUUUCGGACAAUAUCGGCUUGCACAAGAUCUCCAAUCCUCAGUCAGAUAAAGUGUCUGUAUCUUUGCAUUUGUAUACUCCACCAUAUGCUUCCAUGUACGGCUGCUCGAUGUAUGAGGCAGCCAACGGAAGAAAGCACCAUGUGGACAUGAGCAAGUACUACAGUUGGCAGGGCCAAUUGAUCAAUCCCAAAGACAGUCUGACAUGCUAA